AUGCAGUUCCCUAUUCUCAUCACUUGGGCACUGGUCCUUCUGUCGUCCCUGGGACAAGCAUCGCCGACCGGCUGCGUCGAUGGCCUCUGUCUCAUGACGCGGGCUGGACUGACGGCAUUCCAAGUUGAAACCGAGCUUGGCCCACUACUCUGCGACGCAUCCAGUGUCUUUGGCCCCGACGAUCCUCGCUGGCUGGGUGCGACCCUGCGAUAUGACGAAUUCCUGCCUCCCCAGUUCACGGUCAUCGCCCAAGUCGGCUGUGAGUCCGAUGUCUCCACCGUGAUCCAGUAUGCGAACAGAAACAGCAUUCCCUUCUACACGGUCAAUCGAGGCCACGGGUGGCCGAUGUCUCAGGGCACAUUCCGAGGGCUGGGAAUCGACCUACGCCUGUUGCAGGAUGUUACCGUACACCGCACGAGACAGACUGCCACUGUGCAAGGGGGCACUGAGACACAAAACCUGAUCGAUGCGCUUUGGAAAGAGGGUCUAGUCACCACGACCAGUAUCUGCGCGUGCAUCGGAUAUGUUGGCCCAGCCAUCGGUGGAGGUCACGGGAGAUACCAGGGCCAGUAUGGGAUGAUGAGCGACAACUUUGUGAACUUGAAUGUGGUUCUUGCCAAUGGAAGUUCCAUCGUCGUCUCGAACGAUUACCAUCCGGACUUGUUCUGGUCGAUGAAAGGGGCUGGCCACAACUUCGGUGUCGUGACAAGCCUUGAGAUCAAGGUCUACCCACCCCUGACCCAGACCUGGUACUUUCGAAACUACUUCUACACGGAGGAUAAGCUCGAAACCCUGUUCCAAGAACUCAACAACCUCAUAGGCACCGGAACCCAGCCGCUCGAGCUGGACUUCCAUUUCGGCCAUUACGAGUGGAACCCGCUUUUCAACCUCAGCGAUGCCGUGAUUUGGUGGUCAUUCAAUUUCCUUGGCUCCGACCGCGAAGCAGAAAAGUACCUGGCGCCCUUCGACAAUCUGGGUCCGAUCAACGUUGUCGGAGGCGCCGUGCCCUAUCCCGCCAUGCCGGAUGCGACGCGCAACGGCAGGGUCAGUCUGCCCUGUACGAAGGGACUAUCGAAGAUGAUGUCUACCACUGGUCUCCGGAGAUUCAACGUGACAGCGUGUCGUCGGGCGUAUGAACUGUUCAAUGCGUACUUGAAGGCGUAUCCAGCACUCAAGCCGUCCAUUCUUCUGUUCGAGGCGAAUAACCCGGCAGCGGCCCGAGCAAUUGAUCCUCGUAGCUCCGCAUUUCCCCAUCGUGAUGAUAAUAGUCGGGUACUUGCUAUGAUAGCUUAUUUGCCCACCCUCCGUCUUGAGGAACCCGCAUCGCAACUUGCCAGCGGCAUACUGGACGCUAUGCUCGACGGCCAGCCAGCCAGAGUGCCAGCGACCUAUGUCAACUAUGCAUUUGGCCAUGAGUCGCUGGAGUCCGUAUACGGCUACGAGGCAUGGCGGUUACAGGAGCUACGGGCCGUCAAGACCGAGUACGACCCUGGCAACAAGUUCUCCUAUUAUGUGCCCAUCACCCCAAUUGCCGAAGAUAGUGCAUGA